CGCUCUCAAAGUGCCUGCCCGGCUCCCGUAGAUCCAAGUCGAGUUAACAUACGAAAAGUUAUGAUCUGACAAGAUCCUUCAUCUUACCAUGGCCCAUGGGUCCUAAUAGACCCCAAAAAAAUUUCAUUGAGGUAAAUUAUAUAAACUGAUUUUUACUAAUUCCCAAAAACUCAAAUUUUGUAAAGUUUGUGAAUCCUUAAUUCACCUCAAACCAAAUAAACAAAGAAAAAACAAAAAAAAAAAAACAAAACAAAAAGAACAUCAAGGAGACUCCACACACUCCAAACUCCAAACUCUGUCCAUUUUCUCUCUCCAAAUUCAUCCACACCAGCUCUCCAUCUAAAUAAUUGACGUUAUUCGCACUCUAGGACACACACAAAAUUUCGGAUUUACAUCAUCAAAUCAACUUCCCUCAAUUAGUGAGAGAUUAAAGAAUUGCGCGCAAAUUCAAUUUUCUCGGCGAGAUCGAAAUCUAGGAUCUUCUCAAAUUUUGCAGGAAGUUUUGAAUGGAGGAAAAUGGUCACUGAAAUGGAUUUAGGGGCUUUUGUGGGAGAUUUGUCAAUGGAAGAUGAUGUAGGAAGUGAUGAUGUGUCACUUGAAGGACUAGAACAAGAAUUGGAAGAAUGUAUACAUGAUGAUGUGGUGGCUAACAUCUUGUCAAAAGGAAUUAAACUACGUGAUUAUACAAAGACGGUGGAGAAGAAUUUGCGUGAAGGCGAAUUGGAUUCUAUACAGGAUUAUAUUAAAGAAAGUGAUAAUCUUGUAUCGCUUCAUGAUCAAAUUCGUGACUGUGACAUCAUCUUGUCACAGAUGGAGUCCCUUCUAAGUGGAUUUCAGGCUGAGAUUGGUUCCAUAAGUUCAGACAUAAAAGUUCUCCAAGAGAAGUCAAUGGACAUGGGCCUGAAGCUGAAGAACCGCAAGGUGGCAGAAUCGAAGUUGGCCAAAUUUGUUGAAGAUAUUAUUGUUCCACCUAGGAUGGUUGACAUUAUUGUCGAUGGUGAGGUUAAUGAGGAUUACAUGAGAACAUUAGAGAUACUCAGUAAGAAAUUGAAGUUUGUGACGGCAGAUCCAACAGUGAAGACAUCAACGGCUUUGAAAGAUGUCCAGCCUGAGUUAGAAAGACUUCGGCAGAAGGCAGUUUCCAAGGUUUUUGAUUUCAUUGUUCAGAAGCUUUAUGCGUUGAGAAAACCUAAAACAAACAUACAGAUUCUUCAACAAAGUGUUCUUUUGAAAUACAAAUAUGUCAUUUCAUUUCUCAAGGAGCAUGGCAAGGAGGUGUAUACAGAAGCACGGGCAGCUUACCUUGAUACAAUGAAUAAGGUUUUGAGUGCACAUUUCCGUGCUUAUAUACAAGCCUUGGAGAAAUUGCAGCUUGAUAUUGCAACAUCCAGUGAUUUAAUCGGCGUUGAAGCCAGAGGAGGAACUAGUCUUUUCUCAACCAGGAGAGAACCCAUGAAGAACCGUUCUUCCGUUUUUGCCUUGGGUGAUAGAAUAAACAUUUUAAAGGAAAUUGAUCAACCUGCAUUAAUCCCCCAUAUAGCAGAAGCAAGUGCUCAGAAGUAUCCCUAUGAAGUUCUUUUCCGGAGCUUGCACAAGCUGCUGAUGGAUACUGCCAGUUCUGAAUACCUUUUCUGUGAUGAAUUUUUUGGGGAAGAGUCCUUGUUUUAUGACAUAUUUGCGGGUCCAUUCGCAGUUAUCGAUGAGCACUUCAACACAAUCUUGUCAAAUUCUUAUGACGCUAUCGGUCUAAUGCUCAUGAUUCGUCUUACCCAUCAGCACCAGCUUAUCAUGUCAAGACGGCGGAUUCCCUGCUUGGACUCAUACCUGGAUAAGGUGAACAUUGCACUAUGGCCUCGUUUUAAGAUGGUCUUUGACAUGCACAUCAGCAGUCUGCGUAAUGCAAAUGUGAAAACGUUGUGGGAAGAUGAUGUUCGCCCUCACUAUGUCAUGAGGCGUUAUGCUGAGUUUACUGCCUCCCUCAUUCAUCUCAACACUGACUAUGGAGAUGGCCAGCUGGAGAUGAACUUGGAAAGACUCAGAAUGGCAGUUGAUGAUUUGAUUAUGAAGCUAUCUACACAGUUUCUUAAAUCAAAACUGCAGUGUGUGUUUCUUAUAAACAAUUAUGAUAUGACGAUUGCUGUCUUGAAGGAAGCUGGUCCUGAUGGUGGUAAGAUUCAGAUGAAUUUUGAGGAAGUCCUGAAGAGCCAAACAACUAUAUUUGUGGAAGAGCUGCUGCUGGAGCACUUCAGUGAUUUGAUCAAGUUUGUGAAGAUCAGGGCAUCCGAGGAUCCAAGUGUGGGUUCUGAGAAGGCCAUAUCCGUCAGUGAAGUGGAGCCACUUGUGAAAGAUUUUGCUAGCAGAUGGAAAGAUGCAAUUGAGCUGAUGCACAAAGAUGUCAUUACUUCCUUCAGCAACUUCUUGUGUGGCAUGGAAAUCUUAAGAACUUCAUUAACCCAAUUGCUACUCUACUACACCCGCCUGUCCGAGUGUGUAAAGAAGGUGCCCGGUGGUGGGUCUGCACUGAACAAGGAUCUCGUUUCUAUUCAGUUAAUUAUUCACGAGAUCAGGAAAUUCUCAAGGACUUUCUAAGUAUGUAGUAUUUUUUUUCUCCGAUUCGAGAAUUAGCAAGUUUCGAGAUCUGAUGAUAGUCUGAUUUGGCUAAUAUAUGUUCAAGUUGGAGCUUUUCUUCAAGUUGUUACGUGAGAGUUGAAGUAAAAAUGCUCCCCUGGAAUUCAGCUGCUGUCAUAGAAUCUUUACAUUCUUGGAUCUACAGAAGGGGAGAGGAGAAAUUUUGUUGUAUGAUGAUCUGUUUCAGAUUUUUGAAUUCUGAAAAUGUUGAAAUUUUGUUGUAUGUAAAAUUUGGAAAUUUGAGUUUAGAACUGACAACCUAGAACUGGAUUUUUUUUUUUGUUUUCCAAUCACAUUAUAUUUAUGUAAAAAGAAAAAUGGAGAAAGAAAUGAAAGAAAAGAGAAACAACAUUAUGCCAA